AUGCAAAUUAAAAAAAGACAUUCAGUAAACCCUGAAUUAUAAGUCAAAAAUCUAAAUGGCUAGUACAAAUCAGUUUGCAAAUCAUAGCAUAUGAUAGUUACGAAGGAUAUAUUGCCAUCUCCUAUUAAAUUGAUCAGAAAGUAAGGGAGACAUACCCAAAGUUUUAUCAACACUCAUUAGUCUCUGCAUAUUUGUAAUAAUCCUACUUAUUAACUUAUUCAAUAAUGUAUUGCUGCUGCAGAAAUGAUUAAGGAGAAACAUAAAACCAAGACUACUCAUAAAUUUUUUCAUAUUCGAUCCUGUUCUGUUCCUUGUCCUAAGAUACAGGCUAUCAACCAAUUAUUUGACUCCUUAUUGGAUGAUGCUGAUUCCUAAAACAUUAAGGAAUAAAAGAAUUUAGAGUAAAUUAAAAUGCUUAUAUUAAGAGUAGAAAUUUAAACUGUUAUGAAUUAAUUAAUUGAAGAAAAAAAAUAGAAGUAAAAAGCGAUAUCCCAAGGAGAAAGCCUAUUUAAAUAGCAAGAUCUCUCAAUAUAAUAUCUAAAAUCUAGAAUUUAAUAAUAUAAAUAAUUAGUUUGA